CCGGGAGGAAGCCGAAACAAAAAAAUGUGGAUAUUAAUGAUAUUUACUAUUUUUACCGUAAUUCAAAACUCGCAUGCAAGAGACUGCGCUUGCGCACUGACAAGAGAACAGAUCCUGAACAGUGAUGCAGGUUUCGUAGGAACAGCGGUGAUCGGGGAGUGUUUCCAGAUCCUUCCCCACACUAACGCCACCUGGCAGCAUAUACAGUACCACCACCAGAGUGCCUGGAUAUCCAUCUCAUCUGUAGAAAUCCGAGACUGUGACAGUACGGUUCCAACAACCACACCCGGUUCCGUCGACCCUACUGCAGUAAGGCCGUCCCCCCAAUUACCUGGGUGUCCACCCAUCAUCACACGCGCUGAUUGGGGCGCGAUGCCACCUUCACACUCCAUGACGCUGUUGACAGAAAAACCAAAAUUAGUAAUUAUACAUCAUGGAGCAACCAGUCCAUGUUCCACACAAAACGAGUGCUCAAAGCGAGUGCGCUCAUAUCAGACCUUUCACAUGUCCGCACCACCUGCUGGACGAGGCUGGUGGGAUGUUGGAUACAACUUCAUGGUGGGAGAGGACGGUAACGUGUAUGAAGGGCGUGGCUGGGAUCAGGUGGGCGCUCAUGCUUAUGGCUACAACUCCGUGAGUUUAGGCAUUUCUUUUAUCGGUGACUUCAGGGAAAGACUCCCUAAUCCAAAUGCCAUCCGCGCUGCACAGGCACUGAUAAGAUGUGGUUUGGAUAACGGAAAGAUAACCGGGAACUACAAACUUAGAGGCCAUCGUGACGUAGGCAAUACUGAGUGUCCAGGACAGACACUUUAUGACUAUAUUCAGACAUGGCCUCAUUACAACAUUCACUGACUAUACAAAAAAUUAGCAGAAAAAGCAUCAAAUACAUGUAAUGUAACUGAGGGUAUAUCAAAUCAUUUAUUUUGUCAGUCAAAAUAAACAUAUUUGAUUCUAAUUAGUAUUGUGUAGCUGCAAAAGCAUUUAAAGUCAUUAAAGUCUUCCGACUUAGGAAAACCUGAAA